GAGUCACAGUAAGUGUUGCAUUAUCGUUAUGGAGAUAUAUAGAGAUGAUCAAAGCUGAACUGCACAGUCAGUCCAAGCUUCACAGACAGACACCUACAACCAUGAAUUCCCUGUGUGUAGUCAUGGUGGCCGCAGUGGUGGCAGUAUGUCUGGCGGAGCCUGAGCCCGGUCAGUUCGGUGGCCAAGGUUUCGGCGGAGGCCAAAGACCCGGUGGUGCCGGAGGAUUUGGUGGCCAGCAGGGAGGCGCGCCCUACGGAGCCGGCACCUGGGCUGCCAAUGGUGGUAGACAAGGUCGCUCUCAGGGAGGCUUUGGAGGUCAAGGCGGUUUUGGAGGUCAAGGAGGCUUUGGAGGACAAGGGAAGUUACGGGGGACAAGGACAAGGGUUUGGUGGUCAGGGAAGAGGAUUCGGCCAGCAGGGAGGAACACCCUACGGGGCUGGUACCUGGGCGAACAGGGGGUAAAAGGAGGAAAGCUCUGAGAAAUUGACAACUUACAGACUGCAAAUACCAAUUGGCUAUUCAAAAUUACAUAAUUUAGUAUUACAUUCACUUAAAUAAUGUAAUUCUAAUAUAUUUUUAAGUACUUCUGGUAUUGUAAUAAAUAAAAUGCAAAUUUAGUUUUAA